AUGCCGAAUCGAGGAUUGAUUGAUUAUGCUCAUCUGCGCCUACGUGAAGCUCAUCCUGGGCCCAAUCAAUAUAAGCUGAAACCAGUUAUUGGAGCAAAUUCUGAUAGUUUGAAGAAAAGCAUUUCCAAUCGCAUCAAAGGUAACGCCACGUCUUCAGCGAACGCAGCGACGGUGGGUCCUGGGACGUAUCUCAUCGCCUCCAGUAUUGGCACCGGACGCGCGGCGGAUUUCAGUCCGCACUCAGCGAAUAAUGAUGCAAAAAUGUCUCCCUUAAUGAGAAGUCCAACUCUCGCUUUCAGGGGUGAUUCUGCAAAGUCAGCGCGCAGGUCGCGUAAUGCGUCCCCACACUUUUCAAGGUCUUCGUCAGAGAUAAAGAGGAACACUUCUAACGAGGAGCGUCAUUUGGUUCCCGGUAGCCCUGCAUUUACCAUAAGAGGACGCCUAAAGGGCUAUUUUGAUGUGACGCCCGGUAAUACAUGUCUAGGCACUUAUACCCUUCCCAGCUGCUUCGACAGCCCAUCACGAAAAAACCCAUUAGAUGGAACCUUUGGUGGGCGCCAUGAGGCACCUGAAGAACGAGAAAAAAGAUAUAUUCCAGGUCCUGGCACAUACAAUGCAACACCCCUAGAUAGCGCGAGAGCGAUAAGGAUACUUGACCGCACUGACCGCUGUGCUAGUCGCGGUCAAGGGAAAGAGGGAUCUGGCCAUAUGGGUGGGCCCGGCCCUGCCGCGUAUGGGGACCCCACUACCAUCGCCCAUCGCCUGCGGAAGCAAAUUCCUGCUUACCAGCAAUGGACAGGAGUGACCACGUUUGCUAGCCGUCCAGAUUCCUCACUAGAGGAAUUCCGUAGCAGCAUGACCCCCGGGCCGGGGGCGUAUAACUUAGCUCAGGCUUCUGACUUUCUCGAUUUGCACAAAAAUCAUUCCACAGUAGUGUUGCGACCUGCCACGGUUUCCAGUGAAUCAGCACGUCAGGCGGGUCGGUUAAAAGGCACGAACAACGGUAGUGGCGACAGUGGACAAGAAACAAGGCCACUAUCCCAUUAUAUUACACUACCCUCAGACUUUGAUCACGACUGUCGUAAAGGCGUGCCAAUGUUGGGCCGGAAUUGGGCGGGAUGCUGCAAUCCCAGUAAUAAGGUACAUGCAAAUGAUACCACUAAACUCCAAAAUACUACGCGUUGUACAAAGAAAACUGAGUCAUUUCAUCUGGCCGAUCGAUUCUUGCGGACGUUACCAGCUGGGGGACGCUUUGCAUCGCACCCCUAUGGUGCAGAGCCUUCCGAGCGUAUCCGCAAACAUACUGUUUCGGAAACUGAUGGAAAAGAUAUGAAGUCCUUGGAUCAGGAUGUGAAGAACUCAAUCCCAGGACCCGGGAGCUAUGAUCCAAAGCUUGAUGCCGUUCUUCCGCGAACCACAUGCGCCAUCUUGAGUGGAAGCCCACACGCAAGUGCGGGGGCAGCCUAUGGCGAACUGACCGCUGUAAGCUCCGCAGCCCAGCAGCUCGACGCGAACGGUGUGAGUUUAACGGGGAAGCAAAAGAAUCCCUCGCCCGGUCCUGGCCACUACUACCCAGACCACACGGUUACCUACCCCAAAGUCAGUGCAACGACGUUCAGCAAGGGGGACUUUCAUGUGCGGAAUGGAAUGCCGCCCUGGGCUAUGACGGAGGCCGCGUCCCGUCCCGGCGCGGGGGCGAACUAUAAUGACACCACAUUGUAUAGUCGAAGUAUCACAGGGGACGUGAUGCACGGGAUUCAUGCUAAAACCUUCGGUACGAGGUACCCUGCGCGAGCUUUGUAUCAGGUGUGCAAACAGCGAGAUGAAACCACGAACACUAAUUGCAUUUACCCAGACGAGUACGCGUUUUAUUUUGGUUCGAUUGAAACUAAUGACAAAACUGUAAAAUAA